CGCAUUCUUUGGUCACUCUGACACAUACGUGUCUGUAAUUUUCUGUCUUCGUGGACGAGGCCCGAGCAUUUUGUUAAAUCCCCAUUUAAUUGCAUUUAGCUAGGUUAAUCUUCGCCAAACAGCCCACAAAGGACAGCCGCCACCAUGGGCAUUGCAAGCAUGUUGCAGAUCGACGAGAUGCUGGGGGACUUCAACAGAAUGAACAAACGUCAGUCCCUGUAUCAGGUGCUGAGCUUCGCGAUGAUUGUCUCCUCGGCGCUGAUGAUCUGGAAAGGUCUGAUGGUGGUCACCGGCAGCGAGUCACCCAUUGUGGUGGUUUUGAGUGGGAGUAUGGAGCCGGCUUUCCACCGUGGAGACCUCCUCUUCCUUACCAACUACAAGGAGGAGCCGGUGCGCGUCGGUGAGAUUGUUGUCUUCAAGGUGGAGGGCAGAGACAUUCCCAUAGUCCAUCGCGUGAUCAAGUUGCACGAAAAGGAGGAUGGCACCGUCAAAUUCCUGACCAAGGGCGACAACAACAACGUGGACGAUCGGGGCCUGUACGCUCCCAACCAGCUUUGGUUGACCAAAAAGGAUAUUGUGGGCCGGGCCAGGGGCUUCCUGCCUUACGUAGGCAUCAUUACGAUCUUCAUGAACGAAUACCCUAAAGUCAAGUGGGCUAUUCUCUCCAUUUUGGCCAUUUUCGUGCUGCUGCAUCGGGAAUAGUUUGGGAUGCGUUUAUUUUGUAGGUUCAAUUUAUAAGUAGGGAGUGCACAAUCUCGAGCCUGUUUGCAUUUUCGUUUGAGUAUUCCGUCACCAUUUCCUUUACCUUCCCCGCAACAAAAACCACUGAAAACCGAAUGUUGUCCGGAUAUAAAUUCAAUAAAGAAAAAUGAUUUUUA